ACUUAGUUCACUUUUUAACUUCAAAUUCCAAUUUUGAAGUUUUAUUUGUGAAGCAACCAGUUUAACAUAACGUCAGUGAAGAUUACCACAGUGAGACAAUGUGAAUAUUUGCAUUAGAUUACACAACCUGACAAAUCGUUUUUAAUUAUCUUCACGCUCUACGCGUGAAGCGACGAAAAAAUUAACACUAUUUCGAUAAAUUAAAAACAAACAUGUCUAUUUUGGAUGUUGUUUUACUAGUCGCAUACGUAUUGUGCCAAAUCACCACCAUAAUGGCUAGCGAAUUUUGUUUAUUUGAAGAAAAACCGAAGGCGAUUUUACCCGACGCUAGUAACAGUUCGCCAAAUUAUAAAGUGGUUUAUUGUGACACCAGACAUCAACAAUGUUGUGAGAAAGGUUGUUGUCCCUUGGAUACGUCACCUGAACUUACCUUACAAGUAGGCUCCAGCGGCCGCCUAUCACCUUUCGUUUGGUUUUUAGUGAUUUUAAUUACCGUGGGAUACGUCUACUUUUGUCUGCGUUAUUGCUUCAAGAAACUGUGUAAACAGAGAACGCGCGACCCGAGUGUGACUAUAAGUCGUGCCAACACGCAACCGCAAGAGAUGAGUUUGAUGUUGUCGUUUAACCAAAACACAGAAGGUUUGGAAAGAUUUAAUUUUGACAACGCCCAUAUUCAUGUUCCGUUUAUACCGACGACUCCCGUGACUCCGCCCCCGGCUUACGUCACGCUGACUCCGCCUCCUACGUACAACGUAGCAAUUCAUUUUCCGUCUCUUCAGAAGGAAAAAAUUGUAGAAGUGGAUGAAACCAAAGAAGAUUCGAAAUAAAGUAUUGUUACUAUUGUGUGAAUUAAAAUUGUUAUGACGUUAAUUAGUGAAUAAAUAAAUAGUUUUGUUGAAAACACA